AUGGCUAGCAUGCAGUGGCAGGGCAGCUUCAGGAAGUCCGAGGAGGAGGGCCAGGAAGAGGAGGAUGAGGAAGAGGAGGAAGACCUGCUGGCGAUGGGAGGAGAGGAGGAAGAGGAGAUAGAAGUGGAGGAGAUGGCAGACAUGGAGGAGAAGGCGGAGGCAGGAGUGCAGGAGACGAGGGUGGAGGUGCACAGGGCGCUGGACGAUGAGUACUUGUGGAAGAUUAUGGAAGUCGGUGACGAGGAAGACCUGCCGGAGGCACGCCCGCGCUUAACCAGCGUCGUGAGCCCCAGCCUGAGCUCGCCGUCCAGCGAGGCUCUGACGUUCAGCCCGCCCAUGAGCUUCAAGAGCUCCAGCACCAGCUCGCCCUCCAGCGUCUCCACCCAGACAAGUUUGCCUACGAUAUUUCAGACAUUUAGGAAAAGCAUGUCUGAAGUAAAUUUAGAUAGGUCGAGUAAUUAUGAUUUAUAUCCAGGAAUCCCAAUAUCAGUCCAAACAGAAGAAAGCUGGCUUCAAGAGAUGUCCAGAAAAAGGAAGCCUAGGAAGAAAAAACGCACUAUAAAGAAGGACACUGAACCUGAAAAUAUAGCUGCUAUGUUAAGAGAGAAAUGGGUAAUUAAUCCAGAAGAGCUAAAACUAAAUAUUUUAUGUGAGUUGGAGUUUGAGGAAGACUUUAUAACAUUGUUUGAGCCUUCUCUGAGAACAUUACCCAGUGUCGGGCCACCAACCUUUCUGGCAUUCAAACAGGAGUGUUCCAUUUUAGGCACUGACUUCAAGGGAGAAGAGGAAGAGAUAUUGCUGACCUGUGAAUUUUGUGGGCGUAAUCUAAGAACAUUUCUUCCUACUAUGGAUAUUUAUUCUGACAACAGUAUCUCUGAACCAAUAAAACAGACCAUCUGUUGUAGUUCUUUCCAAAAUCUGGUUGAUUACAUCUAUGAGGAAAAACAAAAAAUCCAAAACACUAAAGAGAAAUUCAUCUGUAUCGACCCUCAUAAAGCCCAUGGCACUGAGAUGGAGAGGAUCAGAGCAAAGGAAAAGGCCCUGCGGAGAAAACAGGAGCAACAAAUACCCAAACAUUGGGAACUAAAAACAAUUGAACAUACUCCUAGUUUCUCUGAAGAAGAACCAAAGCACUGUAAAACAAUUUCUUAUCAACUUUCUGUGGAUAUAACAGAAAAAAAGAUAGUUGAUGACAAAUCAUUUGAUUUUGAAAUAGACAAAAGAAACAUGUCCAUCAUUAGUUGUGAUUCUAGGACAGCGUGUGGAAAGAUCAUGAGUGAUGAGCUCGUGGAGAAGCACUAUAAACAUGGGAGCAAGUUUCUGACUUCAUUUCCAGAUGGGACAACGCAAAUAUUCUACCCAUCUGGCAACCUAGCCAUCAUCCGAGUGCCCAAUAAGAUCCGUGGUUUCACUUGUAUAGUCCAAGAAGACAUACCCACUAACCCUGCGAUCCUGGCAGUGCUGGACUCUUCUGGCCAAAGUUCCUGCUAUCAUCCCAAUGGAAAUGUCUGGGUUUACAUCAAUAUCCUUGGAGGUCAAUAUUCAGAUGAAGCUGGCAAUAGAAUAAGAGCUUGGAAUUGGUCAAGCACUGUCACUUCCUCGCCCAUUGUUUCUUUUAAACCUGUCUUUCUGGCUUUGAACCAUUAUGUUGGAAUUCGCAUCUUAGAACAAGACAAGAUUUCAAUCACUUUUCUAGCAAUGGGGCAGCAGGCAAGAAUCAGUGUCGGAACUAAAGUACAGUUGUUAAAACCUGAGGAGAUUCCAGUUCUCCAGUACGUGAGCGGGGAUGACCUUCUUCUGCUGGCCAUUUUAAUAAAGAUCCGACGCCUGUUUCAUAAACUUGAAGGAUGUGUGAAUUUUCCCUCUGGCCAGGUUUGGGAGAAAUUAAAGCAACCUUCCUACCUUUCUUCACUUUCUGUAAAACUAAUGGCCCUUUGUCACAAUUCCAGUGUAAAGACAGACACCAAAACAACAAUAGAAGCUCUAAUAAAUGAAAAAAUUUAA